AUGAGUAGCUUUUUUUCUAAAUUUGUAUCUUUUGUAAUGGAUGACAAACCAAAACCAUAAAAUACUAUCAUGAAUGCUUUUAUAAAUUAGCCAUAAAAAUAAUAAAGUGAAAGUGAAAAUUCUGAUGAAGAUUCAAAUAAUUCAGAAAAUGAAUCAAGAAAUUCAUAAGAAUAAGAUGAAGAGGAAGAAGAUGAUAAUGAAGAAGAAGAGGAUGAAAAUGAAGAAGAAGAUGAAAAUUCUGAAGAAAGUUAUGAUGAAGAAGAAGUGACUUCAAAAAAAGAAAGUGAAAAUAAAUCUGAAGAGUGUUCUCCUUGUUGCAAUAAAAAUAUGAAAUAAGAUAUAGUAGAAGAUAUAGAUUAAGAAUUAGAAUAAGAAUUGUGGUAUUGGAAUAAAUUAUCACAUGAUAACUAAUAAAAAGAGAUUUAAAAAUAAUUAUUAGAUGUAUGUUGAAUAAAAUAAUUAUUAUUUAGAUUACUUUAAAUUCUUUACUAAAUUCUGAUACUAUAAUUCAAUUACAUCAUUAAUAAAAAUACAAUUAAGUUAUCGAUUCAAUAGAUGAACCUGAAUAUAAAUUAGAUUAUAUUAAUUUUAUUUGGAAUGAUAUUUCAGAUUCUCAAAUUUUAAUUAAGCAUAUAGAACUAUUGUGUAAACAUAAACCAUAAUAAGUUCCUAAUUUUUUAAGAUCUGGUAAAUAUCCAAUCUUUGACUCCAUUUAUUUAACAAAAGCAUUUAAUAUUUAUGAAGGAACAGCUAUAUUGUUGGAGAAGAUGAAUAAAAUAGAUGAAAGCAUUUAAAUUUAUUUAGAAUUUAUGGAUGAUUUAUUGAAACGUUAUCUAAGAGAAAUUAUUAGACUACCUGUUUAGAUUUCAAAGAAAAAGAAACCCUAUUUAGUAAUUACUACUAUUGGAUAAUUAAUCUCUACUCUUAAUGAGCUAUUGAAGAAUAUGGAAAUACUAUUAGAUAAUAAUAAAUUCCAUAAUAAUAUAGACAUAUUGUAUUUUUAAGUGUUUAAUCAAAUAAUUGAUUGGUAAAGAAUGUUGUAUUAAGCUUAUAAAUUAGAUAAUACAAAAAUUGAAAUAUUGACAAUUAUCAAUAAUUUUAGAACUAAUACACCUGAAAUUCUGAUAAAAUUGUUAUAUUCAACUGAUAUUGAACUAUUUAUAGAUGAGUUGAUAAAUAAUUAUUCGAAGUUAAAUUUAGGAUUUUAAUUUUAUUGUUUUAGAGCUGUUUUUUUGGAUUUUCAUUGUUAUUAACAUAUUUUAAGACUUGGCAAUUUGGAAUUAUGUAAAACAAAUAACAUUAUAAAUGAUAUCCUACAUAAAAACAGAAAUUUAGGGAAGAGAGUAGAUAUAAUAUGUUAAUAAUGCUAAUAAUUAGGACAUAGGAUUAUUGAUGAUAUUGGAGGUUAUAAAAAAAGUUAUUUAUAGAGAUUGAAAAUGUAGUGACAUUUAAUUGUGGCCAUUCAUAUCAUAUAUCUUGUUAGAGGAAUUGGAUUUGUUCAGUUUGUUAAUCAAAAAUAAGUGAAUUGUUAGUUUAAGUUCAGCAUAUAAUGGCUGCAAAAAUGAAUCAGUUAAAAAAUUAAUAAAAAUAAAAUUUAAAUAAAAAUAUUCAAUAGAAAGAGGAACAAUUAAAACGUAAUAAUAAUAAGUCAAUAAUAAAAUAAAGUGAAUUUGAUAAGAGAAAAAUAAAAAUGGAUAAUUUGUAAUAAUAUGAAUUAAGAAAAUAAAAUGAAAAAUAUAUAUAAUUAUGA